GAGAGACUAAAAAAAAUAAAAUUUGCAUAGUGGUCGAGUCACAUAAAAACGCCCAAAUAUUAAAUACUGCAGAAUGGGUAUUCAAGAUCAUACCUACUUUGUCCAGGAAAUUAAAAUCGAUUAUCAUAUCCCAUCGAAGGGAACAAUCUCUACCACAUAUUUCCCGAUUCUCAAAAUUAAAAAAUACAUUAUCAAUUUGAUAUUUUAACCGAAGCCGACAUGCAAAUUAGUGUAGGGUGUUGAAUAUUUAUUUUCUCCAACGCGUUGAAAUUGAACUAAAUCAAUUUUUAAAGUAAUUUAACUUUGGAUGGAGCUUUUUCUGAAAGUGCUUCGAUGAAUUAUUCGAAAAGGAUUAAGUCAUUAUGAAAAUAUUUCAUAAUUUGUGAUUAUUUAUUCGGAGAUAUUGAUAACUCGGCCUGUUCCAACAAAAUUUAGAACAUUUCUUGUAAAAAUUAUUUUUCCCUUAUAAUUUUAUUCAAAUUUUCACUCUACCAGGUUGAUAGUUUUUGGAAACGACUCCAAUAACAUCACUUUGCAUCAGAUCAUCGUUAAGUUCAUGAAAAAAGGCAACCCAUACAUUAUUACGAUUUGCAAGAGAACAGGUAUUAUGUGCGAAGUUCAAAACGUAGCAUUUUUAAUGCUAAACCAUAUGAUUGUCGUUCCGGCUUCCCAAAUGACGAAACAAUAGUUGGUGGCUACUAACCAGACCAACCAGACAUAAAAUAAUCAAACACCACAACAAAACUGAAAAUGGUGUUUAACGCAUCAUUCAAAAACUUCUACAUGACAGUCCAAACGAAACUUUACCAAACAAAACUAUGUCCUAGCGUUCCCAGCUACACUGGCUCAAAGUUACAAUGAGAACUGUCAGUCAACUGCGAUAGACUGAGAGAUUUCAUAGAGAAAAUCUACAGCCAAAAACAUAUAUACAUCCUCAUUCAUACAUUUCAAUAAACAAAAAAUUGACCAUAAAAAUCAUUUUGUCUGAAAUACCUAACUAAACUCUUCGAUCCAUCAUUGGGUCGCCUGGGCACAUGUAUAGGUACACAAAGGCAAACUUAUAAUUCAAUAAUUUUGGGUGCAAUAGCUGAAAUAUGGGACAAGCCAUACCAGACAAUAUUUACAUUCUGAGUAUCAUCGGGACAUUUCUUGAUAAAACGACCAAUAGAAACGAACAUAAAUUCUAAUCUGAAUGAACUUUGAAUAUUAAUUAAUAAAAUCAACAAAUAUGGUAUGGCGAAAAAGGAAGUCUGAUUACUUAGAUCAGCUUUAAACAGAAAUGCAAUUGGAAAACUCAUGAAGAUAAUCUUGCAGUAGAAGAUUUGUUUCUAGUGAAGGACCAAUACUCGAACCAAUACAUAAGUCCCAGUACAUAAAUGGCCACUUGAUAGAAAUACACAAAUCCUUUCAGCAGGUCCACUGCACACUACGGGUUGUCACUAUCAAUGAAUGAUGAAGAAGAUUUGGUAAAACGACCAAUAGAAAAUGGGAAAUCAUACAGGUAGUAGAUUCUGUGGAAAGUUGCUUAGAAACAUGACAUUUACUGUCUUCCCCAAGAACUUUAUAUCGAGCAUAUGGGGCACGUCAAGAUAGAUUAGGGAAGUUAGGAAUAUAUUUGAAAUUUCACAAAUUUAAAUUAACUAAUUACACGACAACAAUUAUCAUAAACGAAAUGAACCAUUAGUAGGUAUAAAACGGUGGGUGCCAAUGUAUGUAAUAUUCAUCUUCCCGCCUACCAAAUGGUGUUAUAUAUUAUAUAAACGAGGAUAUGAACUAUCACAAUCUAAUUUCUACGUGAUGUUCUUCACCAUCGGUACCAUCUUCUGUUUGGACUUAACCCAUGCAGCAAGUCAAAUUGAAGACGCAAUUACUUCGAUCUCUAGAAAGCUACCAUCUAACCUAUAAAUCAUAUAGGUAUCUUAUUCAGUUUUGCACACCAGAGUCCUGAGCAAUUAGACUAGUCCACAUUGUAUAUAGUCGAACAAUAAGACCAGUCCAUUAUUCAUCAUAAACAACAUAUUUUCAAGCUGCCGUGAUUAUAAGGAGAAAUCUAUUGGGUAAGGCCUGGACAAGUCUCAAGGAACAAACCAUACAUUGAGGCUAUGCAAUCUGCAUCUUAACAUGAAUAUCAAAGGAAACCUCUUGAUAUAAAAGGUCGAUGCUGAUGCCAAUACCGAUACUUGAUAUUGAAUCUUUGACAUUGGCCGAAGAAAUGUUGGUGACAAAAAUGAACAUAGAGUUAUUAGUGCUGACUGUGAUAAUUUUGGGUGUUGUAUGUGGUGAGGCGGAAACCUGCAAUUCCUGUGGAUCUGAAUGCCGGUCAGCGUGCGGAACGCGGCACUUUCGCACCUGUUGCUUCAACUACUUGAAAAAGAGAAGCAACCAAGAACCUCUGGAACCUUUACCGUUGUCGCUGGAUCCCAGUUUAAGAUUGGAGCUGUGGUUGGCCAAAUCGAAAUAUCCCUAUUUCCAACAACGACCCGCCGACGAGUCAAUGGAUAUGGACGUGCCGGAAAAUAGAAAUGAAAUCGAUAACCAUAAUCGUGAAACUAUUAAAUAGAAACAAUUUUUUUUAUUUACCUAUAUUUGGCAAUGUAGAUUUAGGAUUGCAUAAUAUGACUAUGUGCAUUAUGUUUUGUUGAUUCUAACUACAAUUAAAUUAGGCAAAAUAGAAAUUUAAUAAAUAUUUCGUACCCUAGUA